UUAGUCUAUAGUGGCUAUCACCAACAAUAAUCACCAAUUUAAGGAACACCAGAAUGCUUAUCAGUUCACGAGUCACUAAGAGGAGGAAUCCAAGAAGCUCCAGUGCUUCUGUGUAACGUAAAUCCUCUCUCUCUCUCUCUCUCUCACACACAUUUAAUCAAACAGUUGGAGUCCGACCUUGUCGAUCCUGAGAUGGAGAAUUCUGGCGACCAAUUCGAUGUUAUUAUAGUCGGUGCCGGAAUCAUGGGUAGUUGUACCGCUUACCAGACCGCCAAGCGCGGCCACAAAGUUCUCCUCCUCGAGCAAUUCGACUUUUUGCACCACCGCGGCUCUUCCCACGGCGAGUCUCGCACCAUACGCGCCACCUACCCUGAACACUACUAUUCAUCCAUGGUAAUCGAAUCUUCUCGUCUCUGGGAAGAAGCCCAAUCCGAGAUCGGCUAUCAGGUACACUACAAAACAAUCCACUUCGACUUUGGCCCCACCGAUGACAAAAGCCUCCUAUCCGCCAUCAAUGGUUGUAAAGCGAAUUCGAUCUCUCAUUCCAUACUUGAUCCCGGGCAAGUGGCGGAGAAAUUCUCCGGCAAAUUCAAAUUGCCGGAGAAUUGGAUUGGUCUUGAGACUGAACUUGGUGGAGUCAUCAAGCCCACCAAGGCUGUUUCCAUGUUCCAAACUCUAGCUAUCCAGAGAGGAGCUAUCCUUAGAGAUAACACAGAAGUGAAGGAGAUAAAGAAAGAUGAAGUCAGAGGUGGCGUUUUGGUAAUUACAACAAAUGGUGAGGAGUAUUGGGGAAAGAAAAGUGUGGUGACAGCAGGAGCUUGGACUAAGAAGUUAGUUAAAACGGUUAGUGGCCUAGACUUGCCUGUGCAACCUCUCAACACAACAGUUCAUUACUGGAGGAUCAAGGAGGGUUACGAGAAGGAUUACUCCCUCGCCGGCGGCUUUCCAACGUUCGCUAGCUAUGGUGAGCCUUAUAUUUACUGCACGCCGUCGUUGGAGUACCCUGGGUUGAUCAAGAUUGCCGUGCACGGUGGUUACCCUUGUGACCCGGAUAAAAGAACAUGGACACCCAUAUUGAUUACCGACCCGGUGAAUAAGUGGAUCGAAGAAAAGUUUUGCGGGUUUGUUGAGUCAACUAAGGCUGUGAUCACGCAGGCUUGUAUGUACUCGAUGACACCGGAUGGGGAUUUUGUGAUCGAUUUCUUGGGAGGAGAGUUCGGGCGGGAUGUUGUGGUUGCUGGCGGGUUUUCGGGUCAUGGGUUCAAGAUGGGUCCUGUUGUAGGGAGGAUUCUUGCUGAUUUAGUGUUGGAGGGAGAAGCACAAGGGGUGGAGCUAAGGCACUUCAGGUUUGGAAGGUUUGAGGAGAACCCUACGGGGAACUUGAAAGACUUUGAUGACCAAGUCUGCCCAUAUCUCCAGCCUAGUGAGUGACUCAAACUCUCUUUACAACAUGAGGUGUUGCAUUAAGUGUCUGUGUGUCUGUCCAUCUGUCUCUCUCUCUAGAAUUUUUUCUAUGGAUUGCAUAUCACUGGGUUGGUGUGGGGACGAAUAUGAAAUUAAAAUGGACAAGCGUCAUUUUAAGUUUUUAUUGUUUGAAAGUAUUGGCAGUUGUGUGUAAAUACUUUUUUUAUUAUAAUUUUUAUUAUUAUUAGUUGCGUGUA